CCUCUCCAACAGCCCGAGCGUAGUUACCCUGUGACGUCUCAUCUUUUGGCAGGUGUUCAGAUAUGUGCUGUAUGUGCUUGUGAAUUUCAGAGCCCAGAUCGCUGUGCAGCAGAGUACCAGGAAGCAGGGCACAGACAUGAAGGAGGGAAGUGGAGGUUUUCACGCGUGGGGAGUGCUGCUGGUGGGGAUGUGUGCGCUGCUGCUCCUGAGCUCUGCGGGUUUAGUGUCUCUGCUGGUUCGGCAGAAAGAGCUGACGGGGGAGCUGGUCAGGUUGGACGCCCAGAUGCAGGAGCUGUCACAGAGCUGCAAGCUGCAGGCGGGAAUCCCGUCCGGGGACCCUGGAGAGGCUGCAGACCUGAAGACGCUCCGCCGCAGCAGAAGGAACCAGGAGGAAGAACCAACACAAAGUCAAGAGAAGAAGGAUAUGCUGAUGCUGAUGUCAUACUCCAUGGUCCCUGUCAAAUCCCUCAUCGACCUGUGUAGCAGCUCCAAAGGACUUUGUUCAACAGGUCCACCUGGACCUCCAGGUUUGCCUGGUAGAGCUGGUUCACCGGGACCCAAGGGUGUGCCCGGCCCGGAGGGGAAAAGAGGCAGAAGAGGACCCCCUGGAGAACCGGGACCUAAAGGAGACCCUGGGUCUCUGCAACUGAAAGGCGAAACCUGCAACGACAUUCUCAGUGAGGGCCCUCCCGGUCCUCGGGGUCCACCGGGUCCACCGGGUCCCCCAGGCCCACCCGGUCCAGCCUGUCCUGCCUGUUAUUCUAAUAAAGAGAGAAAUAAGACCAGGGGACGUGUUCAGCAAACAAACAUGCUGAGGGAUUCAUCUCCUCCUCUCCUGACCAGGGAGGCCUUCAAUGAAACUGACACAGAAAACAUCAGCAGGCCAACAAUGAACAAGACCGAAUCAUCAGCACCACAUCCGGCUGAUGAUGCCAGAGGCGUCCUGAAUGUGACUGACUCUGGGGAAGUUGUACACACUAAAGUGGAACCUGAGUCCGGAUCAUUUCAUCCAGACGACAGCCGUGACACCUUGAAUGAUACUAACACAGGAAAUGCCACAGAGGCAGCAGUAGAAGUGUCAGUAGACCUACUUUCUAUAGACUGGGAUGACAGCAGUGAUGGAAGUAUCACUGAUACUACAACGACAAGUGAGUUUGUAGCAUUUGGUCCGUACGACAGACAUGACACCUGGACUGAAACCAGCACAGAGGCUCCGGUUAGAUCAUUACCAGUGUCACCAACACAUUCAGCUCAUGAAGCCAGGGAUGUAGAUAUAGACAUAGAUAAGGAAGCUGAAUCAUCAGCACCACAUCCGGCUGAUGAUGCCAGAGGCGUCCUGAAUGUGACUGACUCUGGGGAAGUUGUACACACUAAAGUGGAACCUGAGUCCGGAUCAUUUCAUCCAGACGACAGCCACGACACCUUGAAUGAUACUAACACAGGAAAUGCCACAGAGGCAGCAGUAGAAGUGUCAGUAGACCUACUUUCUAUAGACUGGGAUGACAGCAGUGAUGGAAGUAUCACUGAUACUACAACGACAAGUGAGUUUGUAGCAUUUGGUCCGUACGACAGACAUGACACCUGGACUGAAACCAGCACAGAGGCUCCGGUUAGAUCAUUACCAGUGUCACCAACACAUUCAGCUCAUGAAGCCAGGGAUGUAGAUAUAGACAUAGAUAAGGAAGCUGUGUCAGUAUCAUUUCCUAAAGACAACAGACACAACACCUUGAAUGACUCCGACACAGAGAAUAUUACAGGGACGCCAAUACAAUCAUUAACAGACCCACUUUCUACGGACCAAAGCAGAGACGCCUUCAAUGACAGCAGAACCAUUAUCGAUAAACCCAUGCAAAGUGACCCACUUUCUGGAGACCAAAACACUGAUGCCUUCAAUGGCAGCAGAACCAUGAUUAAAACACCCAUGACAAGUGACUCCCAGGACAACAAGCUAAAUUUAACUAGCAACAAGAAAGGGACAAAAACUGAAUCACCAACACCACAUCCACCUGACAACACCAGAGAUGUCAUGAACGAUACUGACUCUAAGAAACUUGUAGACACAAAAAAGGAACCUGAGUCAGUAUCAUUUCAUCAAGACGACAGCGAUGAGAAUGUUACAGGGACACCAAAUAAAUCAUUAACAAACUCUUCAUAUCCACACCAGACCUCCAACAAGACCAAUGUGACAGGCAAUGAGAGAAGGAAAAGAUCUGAGUGCAGUAUUAAAACUAUUAAAUGUUCGGAGCAAGCCACCACCAUGAUCACCACUUUUGGAGCCUGGAUGUCAGAUGUAUCGCAGCUGGAUGACGGUCGAUACUGGCUGGCUGAUCACUUUUCAGGUCGAAUUUUGUUGGAGUAUGAGAACAUGUCAGCAAUUCAGAACAGGACCUACAAACCUAUAGAUGUCGGGAAGUUCUACCAGGGGUGUGGCCACGUUAUUUACAAGGGGUCAUUUUACUUCCACCAUGCAGGAACAAACAAGAUUAUAAAAUUUGACCUGAGCUCUAGGAGAAUAGACACUCUGACCAUGGCAAACAGCAGAUAUAACAGACUGGCUUAUCUUUUCAGCAACUCAAAGACUUACUUCAAGUUUGCUGUGGAUGAAAAUGGACUGUGGGUCAUUUUUGCAUCAGAUACAGAUGAUAAUACAAUGGUUGCAAAGCUCAACGCUGACACAUUGUCUGUGGAGUCUGUCAUCAACACUCUCUACCCCACAGCUAAAGCAGGAAAUGCUUUCAUUGUGUGUGGGAUAGUAUAUUUUACAGAUGACACAGACAGAAGAGUGACAUAUGCCUUUGAUUUAAAGAAAGAGAGUCCUUCUGAUGCAAGUUUUGAUUUAAGGCCAGCUAAUGGCAUCUUGGCCAUGCUGUCCUACUAUCCCAACAAAAAGCUUUUCUAUAUGUGGGACAACAGCAGUGUGAAAACCUGCAGAGUUAAACUGAAAAUGACCUAAAGAUAAUCAAAUACUUUGUAAAAUGAGCAAUAAAAGAUUUUCUUUUGACAUCA